GUUCGGCUUGUGCAGAAGAAAGAUACCGGUCAUGUGUAUGCCAUGAAGAUCUUAAGGAAAGCCGACAUGGUGGAAAAGGAUCAGAUUGCGCAUGUGCGAGCCGAGCGGGAUAUCCUGGCAGAGGCCGACCAUCAGUGGGUUGUCAAAAUGUACUACUCCUUUCAAGACACUGGGUGUUUGUACCUCAUCAUGGAGUACCUGCCCGGAGGAGACAUGAUGACACUGCUGAUGAAGAAAGACACACUGACAGAGGAGCAGACUCAGUUCUAUGUGGCCGAGGCAGUGUUGGCUAUUGACUCCAUACACAAGCUGGGCUUUAUCCACAGGGACAUCAAACCUGAUAACUUGUUGCUGGACAAUAAGGGUCACAUCAAGUUGUCAGACUUUGGUUUAUGUACGGGUAUGAAAAAGUCCCACCGGACGGACUUCUACAAAGAUUUGUCAUCACACUCAAAAGCCUCAACCAACUUUGGCAAGGACCUCGCAAAUGGAAACCCUAUGGACUCUAAGAGAAAAGCAGAAAGUUGGAAGAGGAAUAGACGAGCAUUAGCUUAUUCAACAGUUGGGACCCCGGACUACAUUGCUCCAGAGGUCUUUAUGCAAAACGGAUACAUGAGCUCAUGUGAUUGGUGGUCAUUAGGUGUCAUUAUGUAUGAGAUGCUGAUUGGGUACCCACCAUUCUGCUCUGAGAAUCCUCAGGAAACCUACAGGAAGGUGAUGAACUGGCCUGAAACUCUAAUAUUUCCUCCAGAAAUGCCCAUCUCAAAUGAAGCAAGGGAUCUCAUAAAAAGGUUUUGCUGUAAUCCAGAAAAUAGGAUAGGUGCUAACGAUGUAGAGGAGAUCAAGAGCCAUCCAUUUUUCAGAGGUGUUGAUUGGGAACACAUCAGGGAACGACCAGCUGUCAUCCCUGUUGAUGUCAAAGGCAUAGAUGACACGUCAAACUUUGAUGACUUUCCUGAAAUUGACCUCAAGCUUCCUGCCUCUCAGAAUAAUGAGGAGGAGUUCAAAGAUCCCAAAUACAAGGACUGGGUCUUCAUCAACUACACAUUCAAACGUUUUGAAGGCCUUACCCAGCGUGGACCGCGGCCCCCAUCCCACAAGAGUUGA